CAGCAGCAGCGGUGCGGCGCGGCGAUGCGCCUGACGCAGAGCAUGUGCACCAUCGCCGAGUGCGUGCCCGGCGGGGACGGCUGCGCCCCGCCUGCCGCUGCCGCCGCCCGGCCGCGCCUCGUCAAGAUCGCCGUGGUGGGGGGCAGCGGCGUGGGCAAGACAGCGCUGGUGGUGCGGUUCCUCACCCGGCGGUUCAUCGGCGACUACGAGAGGAACGCAGGUAAUCUCUACAGCAGGCACAUCCAGAUAGAUGGAGAGAUGCUGGCAAUUCAAGUCCAAGAUACUCCAGGAGUUCAGAUCCAUGAACACAGUCUGGACUGUAAUGAGCAGCUGAACAGAUGCAUUCGCUGGGCAGAUGCCCUGGUGAUUGUCUUCUCCAUCACGGACUAUCAGAGCUAUGAACUACUCAGUCACCUCUACCAGCACGUUCGACAGUUGCAUCCCGGAAACGCAGUCCCUGUUGUCAUUGUUGCAAACAAAGCUGAUCUCUUGCAUAUCAAAGAAGUGGAGCCUCAGCAUGGACUUCAGCUGGCCAACAUGCUGGGCUGUACUUUCUAUGAAGUAUCAGUCAGUGAAAACUAUAAUGAUGUCUUCAAUGCCUUCCAUCUCCUCUGUAAAGAAGUCAGUAAACAGCAAACAACCAGCACCCCUGAGAGGAGGAGAACCUCUCUCAUUCCACGCCCAAAGUCGCCCAACAUGCAGGAUCUGAAGAGAAGGUUUAAACAAGCUUUGUCUGCCAAAGUGAGGACUGUCACUUCUGUUUGACAGCAGAGCUGCUGGUCUUCCUAACAUUUAGCCCAAGAUUGAAAACUGGGGUGUUUAACACUGGCACAUCUGGAGUCUGAGGCAUUGUGAAAGAAGGAUGGUUCAGGUAGCCUGAACCAUGGCUGCAGAAACAAGCAGUUCCUUAUAAAAGGAACAGUGGCAGAUCAGGAAAGGAAAAAAAUCCAAAAACUCUUGAAGUGGUUCUAGGAUGUGACUUGUAGAAUCUGUUUUCAUUUGGAAAAGGAACUUCCCAGUAAAUGAAACAAGCUUUUAGUUUCUCUUCUGCAAUUGGACAGAUUUGGCUUUCAUUUGUGCAGAAACAACCGUUUGGCUGUAACUCGUAUGAGCAGGGAGACACCAUGAACUGCAGUUCACUGUUCAGAAGUAACCACUUGAGUCUUGUUUUCACUUGGAUGAAGACAGCAUGAUGCAUCUGUUCAAUUUUAUUGCAUAGUAGAACUGUUUGUUUCCCAUGUAUUUCGAAACAAAUAAGCAAACAUGAAAUUGUUCUGUAAAAAUAAGUGUAAAAUAAGUGGACAAGGACUGGGUACCAAAACUGUAAACAAUGGUCCUUUAUUUUUUUUUACUAGUGAUGUUAUUUCUGAAAACUUGACCUGUCUUUGUAUGCAAAACUAUUGUCCACAGGGUGUAAACUUACCUAAUUACAAAUAACUUGUAGGGUUUUUGCUGUCUGAAAAAAAUACUGUCCAGACUGAAUGAUCCAACACAGAGCUUUUGAGGAAUAAGUGUUGAGUAGGAGUGAUAGUCUGUUAUAGCUGCCAUUCCAAGACACUGUUCUCUCUCUCUUUCUCUCUCUCUCUUUGUCCUAUGUGUGCAAUAGGCACAGAAGGAAUGUGGCUGUGAUCCGACUUGGUGGGAAACAUGGCUGGCUCUGGGCAAUGAAGCUGGUUGCUUGUUCUGAGCUGAGCCAGCCCCUCUUCAUCCUUACAUGGUAGAUUUAUAUACAUUUUUAUUUUUAUUUUACAUUGAGUCAAUAGAGUUCACAGCCUAAGGGCCUUAUACACAUGCACUUUAAAAAGCCAGUUGUGCUUUUGUUUAAACUGUAACUUAUUUAUUUUGUGUUCAAUUACUCCUUCUAGGGAGUGGACUUUCCAUUCUUACUGCCUGGUUUGACAUUAAAUUUUUGAAUUGCUUGUU